AUGGCAAAACCUGGCAGUAACAUCAAAGACCAGUUGGAUCGAGGUUAUAGCGAAAUAUUGCGUAUCAGCGAAAUUGUCAGCCGAGGCAAAGAGCUGAAUGGUAGAGAUAUUAAAACCAUUGGUAGGGUACAAUUAUAUGAUGCAAUGACUAGUCGAGCUACGAUAUCUUGUGCGGAGGAUGAUCCCAACAGCCAGUUAGUAGUCAUCACUGAAUUUAUUGAGCCAUUGAUGUCGGGCUCUAAAGCAACCUAUCAAUUCAUUGGAGAGCUGGAAUGGCAGCCACAGGAUAGUGCCUUAGCUUUGAAUGCUCGAACUUGUCGUGAUGUUAGCAAGCUCGACAUAACACGCUACUAUCAAGGUUUAGAUUCCAUGCGAAAAUUUUUAAAUUCAAACGCCUCCUGA